AUGUCUUUGCAUAUGUUUUAUAAAAAGAAAGAAGAUAUCGAACAACAACAAAAGUAUACGAAGGUUGAUUUAAACUCACUACUUGUUGAUACAUUUGAACGACCAAGUAUAGAACUUUAUCAUGUAAACCAAAGAGAUGAAAUUAGAAGAGCAUACUUGCAAAAAUGGCCUUUCCACCCUCUAAAUCAUAAGUUUCCACCACAUGAUUUUGGAGCUUGGAAUAGGAAAUCAGGAAUAGAUAAACACAAAGAAGGAACUAUACACAUUAUUGCUGUCCAAAAGUGUCAAAGUUUGAUGAACCAAAGACAAUCCAUCACGUCAGCUUUUGAGAAACAAACUUCAUUAAAAGAAAAAGAAUAUCAGACUCGUUUAAAUGCUUCAAUUGAUUGUGUUAGGUUCCUACUCCGAAAAGGGUUAGCAUUUCGUGGUCAUAACGACAAGGAAGACUCAAAUAAUAAAGAUCAUGUUGUGUUAAAGAAUGCCCCAAAAAAUUCUCAAAUGAAAUGCGGUGAAAUCCAGAAAGACAUUGUGCAAGCAUGUUCAGAUCUAAUUUUAAAUGUUAUUACGGGAGAUCUUGGAAAUGGUUUUUUUGCAAUUUUCGCUGACGAGUCACAUGAUGUGUCAUGUAAAGAACAAUUGGCAUUGGUUUUGCGAUUUGUUAAUAGAAAAUGUGAAAUUGUAGAAAGGUUUGUUGGCCUUAGAAAUGUUAAUGACACUUCAGCUUUGUCACUAAAGGCUACUAUUUAUGAUAUGCUUUCAAAAUGGAAUUUGAGUCCUACUAGGAUUAGAGGACAAUGCUAUGAUGGAGCUAGUAACAUGAGUGGUGCAUUUAAUGGAUUGAAGACUUUGAUUAUGAAUGAAACAAAAUCUGCACACUUUUUAUUGAAUAUUAUUGGAACUUCUUACAAACAACGAGAUGAGUUAAGAAAAAAACAAGCAGCUAAAGUUAUGGCAGCAUUGGCUGAAGGUGAUCUUGAGAGUGGUACCGGUUUGAAUCAAGAACUUGAUAUUAAACGACCAUCUGAUACUUGA